GAGCGCGGAAGGCCGCGCAGCGUGGGAGCAGAGACAGCCGGGCGGUCAGCCGACCAAUGAGGGACAGCGGAAGUGGCGCGUGGAGCCUGGGCGGGAGGGACGUGCGUUGCAGGUGUCUUGGAGUCGCUGCAUGAUCCCUGGGUGAAGCCCAUUUCUUCCUUCUGACCUCAGCAGCUCUUGACAAGUCCAUGGACCUUAAAGAACUUGGGAAGAUCAGAGUUGUUAGCAAGACAGCCCUAGGGCAGAGGUCCAGCAUGAACAUGGCAGUCAUCCAGGAUCCUCCCCAGCCAGGGGGACGUGGCAAGGCCUAUGAGGUCCCAGUGUCCUUUGAAGAUGUGACAGUGGACUUCAGUAAAGAGGAAUGGCAGCAACUGGACUCUACUCAAAGAUGCCUAUAUCAGGAUGUAAUGCUAGAGAACUACAGUCACCUGCUGUCAGUGGGGUGUGAAGUUCCCAAGCCAGAGGUUAUCUUCAAGUUGGAGCAAGGAAAGGCACCAUGGAUGUUAGAGGAGGACCGUCAGAGCUGUUCAGAUGGAAAAUUGGGACUCAAGAACUCACAAAAAAGAAUUUCUGGAAAAGCUAUGUUUCAUAGUGAAAUGAGAGACAAUUCAUUAUAUUCCAUCUUAGAAGGACUGUGGCAAGAUGCUGAACAGAUAAAAAGGUGUCAGGAAAAACAGAACAGCCCUUUAAGUCAUGCUGCUUUCAUCAAUGACCAACUACUGAAUUCAGAAUGGGAGUAUGAAUAUACAGAGAUCGGGAAAUGUGUACACCCAAGACCAAAGGCUAGUCCUUCACAGAAAAGGCCCCAUAAGCAUGACUCAUUUGGAAAGCAUUUUAAACACAAUUUAGACUUACAUAUUCAUAAUAAAAACAAUGCAACAAAUAAUUGUGAUCGUAUAACAGACGGUGGUGAAGUUUUCACCCAGAGUACUUCUUAUACUAGCUAUGAAAAUACACACAUGGGAUCAAAGUUCUGUGAACAUAAUCAGUGUAGAAAAGUCCUCAACAUCAAGCAUACAUAUAGUCAAAAUGUGAAAUGUGCAGUUGAGGAAAAGGCAAAAACACUGAAUACUGAGUUUGAGAAGAUCUUUACUCAAAAGUCACACCUCUUCACUCCUCCUAGAAUUCACAGUGGGAAAAAACCUCAUGAACUUAACAAAUGUGGGAAUGUUUUUACACAAAAGCCACUCCUCGGUAUAUAUCUGAGAGUUCACAGGGAUGAAAAACUAUACAUAUGUGCUAAAUGUGGGAAGGCUUUUAUCCAAAAUUCUGAAUUAAUGGUGCAUGAGAAAACUCACACCAGAGAAAAACCCUACAAAUGCAGCGAAUGUGCAAAGUCAUUUUUCCAGAUGUCAUCUCUACUCAGGCAUCAGACAGUUCAUACUGGAGAGAAACUCUAUGAAUGCAGUGAGUGUGGGAAAGGUUUCUCCCUGAACUCAGCCCUCAAUAUUCACCAGAAAAUCCAUACUGGAGAGAGGCAUCACAAAUGUAGUGAGUGUGGGAAAGCCUUUACCCAAAAGUCAACUCUCAGGAUGCAUCAGAGAAUUCACACAGGAGAGAGAUCCUAUGUAUGUGCUGAAUGUGGACAGGCCUUCAUACAGAAGGCACACUUGAUUGCACAUCAAAGAAUUCACACUGGAGAGAAGCCUUAUGAAUGCAGUGACUGUGGGAAAUCUUUCCCUUCUAAGUCCCAACUUCAGAUGCAUAAACGAGUUCACACGGGAGAGAAACCCUAUAUAUGCAAUGAAUGUGGGAAAGCUUUCACCAAUAGGUCAAAUCUCAAUACUCACCUGAAAUCUCAUACUGGAGAGAAGUCUUAUAUAUGUGCUGAAUGUGGGAAGGCCUUUACUGACAGGUCAAAUUUCAAUAAACACCAGACCAUUCAUACUGGAGAGAAGCCGUAUGUUUGUGGUGACUGUGGCAGAGCUUUCAUGCAGAAGACAGAGUUAAUUACACAUCAGAAAAUUCACACUACAGAGAAGCCUUAUAAAUGUCCUCACUGUGAGAAAUCAUUCUCCAAGAAACCACAUCUCAAGGUACAUCAGCGAAUUCACACAGGAGAGAAACCUUACAUAUGUGCAGAGUGUGGGAAGGCCUUCACUGACAGGUCAAAUUUCAAUAAGCACCAGACAAUUCACACUGGAGAUAAACCCUAUAAAUGCACUGACUGUGGAAAGGGUUUUACCCAGAAGUCAGUUCUCAGUAUGCAUCGCAGUGUUCAUUCCUGAAAAGAUCCCCACUGAGUGAGCGUUAUCUCAGAAGUCAAUAUAAAUUAUAAAAUUCAUCCAAGACAUCCUAUGUGAAUGCACUGUGUAAGAGAAAACACUCAUCAAGCUAUCUCAUUGAGAUAAGAAAAGUUACUCUGAAGAGACCCUAUACGAAUGAAAUGAAGGAGAGGAAAUUUCCAUAUGUGCACAGACUUACAAAUAUAGUAGAAUUCAUACUGGGAAAUUCUGUUUGUUUGGUGCAUUAGUAGGAAAACUCCCUAUAGAAAGUAUUCCAAGGUAAAUGGUAACCAAAUACUUUAUAGGAAUGAAAGUAAAAAUUUAUGUAAAUUUCAUUAACAUUUACGGUGUUUUAGUAAGCAAGAUAAAGUAACAAUAAACAUAAAGGUAAGACAUAAUCAUGGAUUUGAUGUGUAAGCCUUUCAGUUCUAUAGGGUAUUUGUGGCAAAACAUACUCCAUAGUAAGAUGAAUAAUCAAAGUUCUUUUUCAAAUUUAGAGUAAUUAUAUCUGUCACAUAUGUUUGUUACUGAAUAUUUUUUAAUCAGGUAUAUCCACAAAUUAAAAGUCAUUUGGUUUCAUACACACACACAUAAAAUAAUCUUAUAAUUUGUAGUGGUGUUCAUGAAAUAGUAUUCUUAUCUUCUUUCACUGUGAUCAGAAGAAAAUAGCCACGGAUUCUUCUUUUUUAUUUUUACUUUGUUUUCAGAUUCCUCUCUUUAUGCAUGCCCUUUGCAAUGUUACUUUGAAACUUUACUUGUAAAAAAUAGUUUCUCUUUUUCUGAUCCUUGACUGUGUGACUUACUCUGGCCAAAGGAGAUAUAAAAAGAGGCUUGAGAAAUAUAAAAGCCUGCCUUGGGGGUUUACCCUUUCUUGCUGCUCUUUGGAGUUCUGAUACUUCACUGUGAAGAAACUUAGACUGUCCUGCUGACACAAAAGAAUCCACGGUGAGAACUGAGAAAGAAGAUGAGAGACCAGUUAGAACAGUGAUGAAAUCAUGGCCCAUGCCUAUUGAGGCACCCUAGACCAACGGGGUUUUCAGUUGCCAGACAUGUGAAUGAAGCCUUCCUGGCCAUCCAAACCUUGUUAAGGCAGCUGGCUAGCAGCCUCUGAGAUGACCCUGAAUGGUCAUUCCCUCCUGAUAUUCAUGCUCUUAUAUAAUCACCUCCCCUUGAUUUUGAGUUGGUCUUGGUGACUUGGUUCUAGUGAACAGAAUGAAGCAGAGAUUACAGGAUGUCACUUCCAAGAUGAUGGAGACCUUUUUCUGGUGCUCCCUUAAGCUUUCCGAUGGCUCACCCUAGAGGAAGCCAGCUGUGAACUCAUUACACAGCCCUAUGGAAAGGGCCACAUGAGAUAGUUUUGGAGUAUAUCCACCCCCCAGUGUGGCCUUCAAAAUAGACCAGAGCCAGAUAGCUUGAUUGUCCAACUUACUGAGCCUGCUUAAGCCUCCUUUCAGCCAGAGGCACCCUCUGAGCCAUACCUGAAUUCCUGAUCCAUGAAAACUGUAAGAUAGUAAAUGUUGUUUUAAGCUGCUAAAUUUUAGGCUCUUGUUGCAUAGUAAUAGGAUAGUAAUACACUGGCCCAGACUAGGAAAACUCACCCAUUGCAAGAUGUUUAUUUUAAGGCACUAAGUUUUUAGUAACAUAUUCAAAAAAGCUAAUACAUCCACUACUGAGUUUUCUCCUCCACUAUUCUUCCACAACAGGUAAUCAAUACUAGUCAGCUACUAUGAUCUCUUUUAUAUAUGCACGGGUCACCGUGCUUGCAGUCAGAUGAUUACUGUGUUUGCUUUUUCUGUUUUUCAAAAGUGAGAUAACAGCACAGAUGACCUCUACAUCUUGCUUUGUUUACAGUAUCUCUUUCGAAUUAUCACCUGAUAGUGCAUGGAAAAUAAACGCAAUAAUUUUUUA